GAAAAAAAAGAGAUAAAGGCAGAGAGAGAGAGAGAGAGAGAGAGAGAGAGAAGGAGAAGAGAAAAGAGGUUGUUCCUUUCCUUUCCUAUUGUCACUUACAGAGAGAGAGAGAGCUCCUUCCUCCGUCUCCCCCCUUACAUUCUCGCUUCCGUCGUCACUAACCUCCUCCGUCUUCUCCCAUUUCGACCAAUCUCAAUUGUUUUUUUUUCCGGUAAGCCUUUUGAUGGGAGCUGAAGAAUCUGAAGCCGAUCGGAGGAGCUUUUAGAGAGAGUUUGUUAUGGGGAAGAACAGCGACGAGGAGCACAGUCUCCCUCCCAGGAGCGACGGAGCAGCCGCGGAUACAGCUAGGAACAACCAAGGAGGAAACCGAUGCUCGGGGUGUUGCUGCUCUGCUCGGAUCUCUAGAUGCUUCAGUCUCAGAUGCGUUUUGAUUCUCGCUUUCUCCGCCGCUGUGUUUCUCUCCGCCGUGUUUUGGCUGCCUCCGUUCCUCGGAUUGCCAGAUCCUCGGGAUCUAGAUCUCGAUCCAAGGUUUAAAGAUCACAGGAUAGUGGCGAGUUUUGAUGUUGAGAAGCCAGUUUCGUUCCUGGAAGACAAUUUGUUGCAGCUUGAGAAUGAUAUCACCGACGAAAUAAGCGUUCCCAUGAUCAAAGUUGUGGUAUUAGCGCUUGAACGAUUGGAAAAUCUGAACAGAACAAUGGUUGUUUUUGCAAUCGACCCCGAGAAGAAGAGUUCCAAGAUACCUUCCGAAAUCGAGAGUCUGAUCAAGGCAGCUUUUCAAACCCUGGUCGAAAAGGAGUUGUCUUUCCGCUUGACUGAGUCCUUAUUCGGGCAACCUUUCCUUUUCGAAGUGCUGAAAUUCCCAGGAGGAAUCACUGUGAUCCCUUCCCAUCCUGUAUUCCCUUUGCAGAAAGCACAGCUUCUCUUCAACUUCACAUUGAACUUUUCGAUUUACCAAAUUCAGUCUAACUUCGAGGAACUCACUAGCCAGCUGAAGAAGGGUAUAAAUUUGGCUCCUUAUGAGAACUUGUACAUAACCUUGUCAAAUUCCAGAGGCUCAACGGUGGCGCCUCCUACUAUAGUUCAUUCUUCUGUUCUGCUCACAUUCGGUAUCUCAUCAAGGUUGAAGCAGCUUUCUCAAACUAUCACUGGCUCCCAUUCUAAAAACCUCGGCCUAAACCACACCGUAUUUGGUAAAGUUAAGCAAGUCCGUCUUUCCUCAGUCUUGCCACAGUCACCAGUCAAAUCGUUACCCCCUUCGCCUUCCCCUUCUCCUCAACCUGAACACUACUACCAUCAUCAUCGCCAUCGUCAUCAUGACCACCGCCAUGAACUUGCUCCAGAACCUUCACCUGCAACUAAGAGCUUUGCACCUGCAUCUGCGCCAACCAAACACUUACAUUUACACCGGAGAAGCCCACCUCCUUGCCCUUACGAGCAGAGGAGACCAAAAGGAAACAAUGCUCUGAACCAUCACACUGCAGCACCAACGCCUGCACCACACCGGUCUAAGCAACACGCACCAGCACCAAAUCGGUCUAAGCAACACGCACCAGCACCAAACCGGUCUAAGCAACACGCACCAGCACCAAACCGGUCUAAGCAACACGCACCAAACCCCACCCCGGCAAGUCAUCAUCAUGCUAUUCCAGUAUCUAGCCCACUUCCCCACGUCGUAUUUGCUCAUAUCCCACCUCCAGCGAGGAACACUCCAGAAUCAGGACCAACCGGUGAAAAAACUCCGGCACCUUCUCCCACUCCAUCUUCAGCGAGCAUAAGUCCAACCUUCAAAACGGCAUCAACGAAGCUGCUUGUAAUAGUAGCCGUUGUAAUCAUCUGUCUGUAAAACAAAACAAAAAAAAAAGGCGCCGGAAGACACUGCUUUAAACGAUCAAGCUG